AUGCCCACAGCCACCUUUGACAGUGAGUACAAUGGCCGAGAAUUAGAGUUAGAGCAAAUUCAGCGAGAACAUAACGAGGCGUUCGAAGCCCGGCGGCAACUUGAAGCGGCGGCGAGCAGAAGUAACUUGAAUCCCGACCACUGCAGUACUACGCCACUCCCACCUCCCCGUGCAGCUCCAGCGACUCCGGCGUCCCAAAUAGAUCCGGGUCCGUCUGUCUCGCAGCGCGGGCCGAAUUCGCAAUUCAUUGCGAACGACGAGAGUCAAAAGCCCGGCGGAGCAGUAUUGCGCGAACAGGAGAUUCUGCAGCAGCAGUACCGGCAACAGCAGAUGGCGGAGCAACAGCAGCAAACCUUGGCGCAGCUCGCGCAGCAGCUGGAACUUACCGCCGACCAAGAACUGCCCGAAACCAUGAAAGACCCGGAAUUCCAGUCUCUCGGGCCGCUGGUCACGGGCAGGUACUUGCCGUACUACAUUGGGCAGCAAGUGCAGAUGUUUGUCCUGAUCAGCGAGGACGGGGCGCAGAUACGAAGCUUCUGUAGCUCAGAAUUCAACCUGGACCCGCCCGCGCCCGACUCCUUUCAGGGACAGCCGAGAAAUAGUACAGCUUUUCUAGAAUAUGAUCGCGUUCAUGUUUUUUCAGAGCUUUGCUACGUCAUGAAGAUGAAUGGCGCAUCCAAAUUCACUUUAGAAAAAAAGGAAACUCCUUGCUCUACUCGGAGUGCAUGUUCUUGGAAGUGGAUAGUGUUUGACUAUGACUAUGAUGAAAAUUGUGACACUUCUAGGUUUUGCGAUUUGCACUUUGAAAGUUUGGAUUUACAUUCCGCACAUACAACAACUACAGAGGAGCACGUCUACAAAGCGGUAUUCCGCGUGAACGAUGGCACGUUGACGAUUCUGCCCGACCUCCUCAAGCCAAUAGACCUCGGCCCCCCUGUAUCCUGUGGAAAAACGUCCCCACCCCAUGCAUGUCAUGCAAAUAUAUCUGCUUCAACUGCAACGUCCCUAGCUGUAGUUAGUAGGGACUCCCUACUAACUACAGCGUUUGUUUCUCAUGCACCGCCCCAACAUUCUCUGUUGCUGUUUUGGAGCUAAUGCUAAGAUUAGGAUUAGGUGUAGGUGAUCUGAUUAAUAAUUUAGGAUGCGACUGUACUUGCUAAACACUACACGAUGACGCUGCGAGCUGCCCGUCAAACGAACCUGUGAUGCGCAACACCCAAAGUUUCUUGGUUUGUCUAUAGUGGAAAAUACUCCAGCAUCUUGACUCGGGUGUGGGGACGUUUUUGCGCAGGAUACCCUGCGGGCGUCAUGGCACACGCGCAGGAAUGGCACAAAGUGAUCGAUGUGUCCCACUCAGAGCCCGAAAUCUAUAACACUUUCCCGCACCUGCGGCAGAUCCAGGACCAAAUAAACAGAGGCGCCCACAAACUGCCGGCGCUCGCAGCGCCGGUGGUGUAACUCGUCGCAGCUCGCUACUUUUCGCCAUACUACUCGAGUAGGAGCCUCGAAGUUUGACAUAUGAGAUUGAAACUGACAGCACAGGACAGCGACAAUGUAAGCGGUUGGCUUAUUUGUUCCAACGCAAAGAACGAGGAGCCGGCUCAGUUGGGGGCUCAAAGUGCAGCCGUGUUGUGAUUUUGCUUCCGAUGUUCGUCGCACAUGGAAUUGUGGGGCACAACAGCUUCUAAAGAUCAGAAGCGUAUUUCAUAUUUUGCCGGUCUCACUCUCAGCAU